GCAGAAGCAAAAAUGAGAUUGGCAAGCAGUAUUCCACUUUGACUUCUACAAUUCCAAACUACAAUUCCAAAUUGACUCGAGAACCUCUUCAACUUUUAAAAAAUGAGGGCCAUUGUCAUCGUUUCUACCAUUUUUGUUGUCGCUGCCUUGUCCAGUGCAGCCCCAUCCGGCACCCCCGAUUUGAAAGCCAGGGUCGCAGGGAUUCAAGAAAGGGUUCGAGUCGUGUUGAACGAGAUUGAGGCUGCUGCCAUUGCCGAUGAUGCCGUAAUUGGUCAGAGAAUUAAGGAAAAGUUGGCCGUCCACGUACAAAAAGCUGGAGCCCUUCUUGAAAAGGCCCGAGCAGUCGAGCAACCCCCAACCAAAGCUCAAGCUAAGGAAUUAUUGGACAAAUUCGUCGCCAUCUUGGGAGAAGCUAGGAACGAUGUCAUUGACGAUGUCAACUUGCUCAAGGACGACACCAAAGCAGAUAUUGUAGGAAGAUUUAACACUGCCCUCACCAAGGCUAAAGAACUUAGCCAGAAAAUUGAGGAAUCACCAAAUCUCAGCUAAAUGAUCAAAAUUCAAUAAUCUAAAUGCUUUAUUGUCUUUCUUGACCACAUAAUUUGAAUGUAAUUCGCCUACACUAAACUUUCGAAACAAAAUAAAAGUUUUCUCGAGCUAAAAAAUCCGA